UGAUUAUUAGUCCUUGAUAAGAUGUCGGCUUCAGCAGGCUUGGAAUCAGUAACGGAAAGAGGAUCCAACGUAGUACUUCACUCCUAUUAUGAAAGGAAACUUGACGAACUUGAAGGUUUUAUAAGGGAGAAAGAGGAUAACUUAAGACGUUUAGAAGCGCAAAGAAAUGAUCUGAAUUCAAAGGUUAAAAACCUUCGAGAGGAACUCCACAUAUUGCAAGAACCUGGGUCAUAUGUUGGUGAAGUUGUAAAAGUCAUGGGACGUUCGAAAGUUCUGGUGAAAGUUCAACCUGAAGGGAAGUACGUUGUAGACUUGGACAAGGAAAUCGAUAUCAACAGUAUCACUCCCAACUUAAGGGUAGCACUAAGGAACGACUCUUACUCGUUGCAUAAGAUACUUCCUAGCAAAGUAGACCCCCUUGUGAGUCUUAUGCGAGUUGAAAAGGUUCCAGACUCUACUUAUGACAUGAUUGGAGGCCUUGACAAGCAAAUUAAAGAGAUAAAGGAAGUUAUCGAGCUUCCAAUAAAACAUCCAGAACUCUUCGAGUCGCUCGGUAUAGCGCAACCAAAGGGAGUUCUCUUAUAUGGUCCCCCGGGUACUGGCAAGACUUUGUUGGCAAGAGCUGUGGCACAUCACACGGACUGUACCUUUAUUCGAGUAUCAGGAAGUGAACUUGUGCAGAAAUAUAUAGGGGAAGGAAGUAGAAUGGUUCGUGAGUUGUUUGUGAUGGCUCGUGAACAUGCUCCUUCCAUUAUUUUUAUGGAUGAGAUUGAUUCAAUUGGUUCGACUCGUAUUGACUCUGGAAAUUCCGGUGGUGGUGACUCGGAAGUGCAAAGGACUAUGUUGGAGCUUUUGAAUCAGCUCGACGGUUUCGAACCGCACCAGAAUAUCAAAGUUCUGAUGGCAACCAAUCGAAUAGAUAUUCUUGAUCCUGCAUUGCUUCGUCCUGGUCGGAUUGAUAGGAAGAUUGAGUUUCCUAACCCAAAUGAGGAUGCUAGAUUUGAUAUUUUGAAGAUUCAUUCGAGGAAGAUGAAUCUAGUUCGAGGUAUUGAUUUGAAGAAGAUUGCUUCGCAACUGCAUGGGGCAAGUGGAGCUGAGCUAAAGGCAGUUUGUACAGAAGCUGGAAUGUUUGCCCUACGGGAGAGAAGAAUACAUGUGACCCAAGAAGAUUUCGAGAUGGCUGUAAGCAAAGUAAUGAGGAAGGACUCGGAACAAAAUAUGAGUUUAAGAAAGCUUUUCAAGUAAAUGGCAGGAGUAUCUACGUUUGUUGAGCUGCGAUCGGUUACUUGUCGCGUGCGAUACUUGUUGUUGGGUAUAUAAAAGUCAAUUGAUUGCUGUUACCGAUAGCUCAAGUAAAUAUCUUUCAUUUUACGAAUGCAACAUUGUGAGAUAUCUUAUAGUAUUUUAAGCUUGUAACUAGGAAUAGAUAUUUUGGAUAAGAUCACUUCACAAGUGAGGCUCAUGA